AUGCGCUUCACCUCCAUCGUCGCCGCUGCUCUCGCUGUUGUGCCCAGCGCCCUCGCUGCCAACUUCGCCGUCAACGUUGGCCAAGGCAACACCUUUGCCUUCAACCCGACAUCGAUCACGGGUGCCGUCGCUGGUGACACCAUCACUUUCACGUUCAUGUCCAGGAACCACUCUGCGACCACGACCACUUUCACUACUCCCUGCCCACCCCCCGCUGGUGGUGUCCCAGGAGGCUUCGACACUGGAUUCCUCUCUGCUACCGGCACCACCCAACCUCAAGCUGUUGUGACUCUCGCCUCUGGCAACACCCAGUGGGUCGCCUGCCGCCAGGCUGGUGGCGCUCACUGCAGGAUGGGUAUGACCUUCGCUGUCAACCCGACUGCCGAGCAGACUUACGAGCAGUUCUUGGCCAACGCCCGAGGAUAG